AUGGCCAAUCGUGAGCCAAAAAAAAGGAAGCGAGGACGACCUAUACACAAGCUUUCUGUGAUGCCAUUUCUACUUGACCCUGAUAACGUGGUCAAAAAAGUUACAAAAGAAAUAUGUUCAAAAGAAGCGAUAAUUCGGUUAAUGCAGAAUGGAUAUGGACCUCCUCAACCUGGUAAUGGAGUGUUAAAAUAAUGAAUACUUUCCGGCUUGAAAUUUAAAAUGUUUAUAGCACUAUCCAGUGGAUUACUAGAAACUUGAAGUUUAAUAUCCAACCACGAAAUCUAGUAAUAUCCCACAUUUGGAUAGUACUGUGUACUGAAACACUGAAACAAAUGCAAAAUGAGUUUUCAAUUGUUAUGAAUUUGAUAUAAUGAAUCUGAGACUGAUAUAUUUAUGUCAAACUCGUUAAUAAUUCAUGAGUUAAUUAGCCCAUAUUGCUUUAUUUUGCUCACAUGAUAGUACAGUACAUUAAUACUGGAUACCUGGUGAAGUAUAUUUUGAUCCAGUCCUAGGACUGGAUCAAAAUCAAUUACAGUAAGUUCUUGGACUGGACUGGACUGGACUGCACCACCUCACUUGAAGUAGCAAUUUAUUUGAAUGAGAUGUCAUUUCAAAUCCUCCCAAUUGGACUGGACUAGAUUUCAAGUUCUCACAAAUUGCGCUGGCAAUUGGGUCCAGUCCUUAUACAGGGUCCGUAGCGGUCUUUGAAACCCUUGAAAGUCUUUUGAUUUGAAUUCAAGUCUUUAAAGUCUUUGAAAAGUCUUUGAAUUGUGUGAAAAAGCGAAGAAAGUCUUUAAAAGUCUUUAAAUUAUUUAGUGAGUAUUUGAUUAUACAAUUUCCUAGGUCUAGCUAAUAAAAGAUUGAUUGAAGCAAGAUUUUCGCAAAUAUCCACGAAAAGGUGCAUUUUAGGACUCGCAAUUUUUUGACAGCUGAUUGUUCUCAAGUCUCAAAGAUCUUUGAAAAGUCUUUGAAAAUCUAGGCAGAAAAAUCUUUGAAAGUAUUUGAAUAUUUUGGUCUUGGAGACUAUGAACCCUGUUAUAGUCAGAUUUCAAAUAUUACAUAAAGGAUUCAUAAACAACAGAAAAAAUACUGUAUCUGUGGAGGACAGCAAUUUGUUUAGUAUCCGAAUGGAUACUAAGCUUGUGACAGUGACUACAAGUCACAGAGAGCCGUGAAAACUCCGGUUAUUUUAGCUCCGACAGUCAAAACUCCUGCUUUGGCUCCGGCAAGGAAAUUUCAUAUUAAAGGUACUGUAGAAGCAGGCGAAAGUAUUUCAGUGUAGUUUCAGAAUUUAUUUUAUUCUUUUUUGAGCUUUCUCCUUUACUUAUCAAAUAUUCGUGCUUCGGUAGAAAGUAGGACCGCAUGGCAGCAUGGUAUUUUCGCCCAAAAAAAUGCAUCAGGGUCAGCGGAUUUUUGUAUCAAAAGCGAUAGCAAUGCGCUUGCAGAAUUUUAGAAGCCACGAAUCGGAUCGGAGCAAGUAAUUAAACUUUAUAGUAAGUUCAAAUCAUUCAACUUAAUUUUUCCAUUACCAAAAGUUCAUUGACAGAAAUAUGAAAUAAUUUUUCAGAAACAGUAUACUGUAUAUGCCCAGCAUGUCCUCACGACCUCACCCUUAUUUUAAUGAUAAUGAUCUAUUAACCAUAUGCCUUAUUUUAAUGAUAAUAGUCAAAAUAGAGCAAACGUAACCCCGACCCAACCCCCUACUCUAACCCUAAUUUAAUCUUAAAGGGGCAGUGUCACGGUUCUACUGCGCAUCCAAAAUAUUCCCCAAACUUGAAAAACUGUCUGCCAGCAAUUAAUCAAGUUAGGAGUGAAAUACGAUAUGCUAUUUAUAACCCUUUGUUAUGCAGGACAUCCUUGCUUUGUUUUAAAAAUUGAAGGCUGCUGCAUCUUUUCCAAUCAUGUAGCAUUAAUUUUAAACGUUUCUUUGCGCCGUUUAUUUUAGCCAAUCAGCGCUGUGACACUGCCCCUUUAAUCUCACACUAAUCUUGAUGCUAAUAGUCAAAAUAUCAAAAAUCCUAAUGGUUAACCUGGUGUUAGCAUAUGACGUUUCAAGCAACCAACAUCAGGGUGAUGUCAGACCUUCCAACUGUCGCACGUAUUGCGUGAGACACACGCAUUUGGCAUCAGGUUUUUCAGGAUUUUUUUUGAAGUACUGUAGGAAAUAUUAAUAAAAUAUUUCUAAACCACUUGUUUUGCAUUGACCAAAAAAACAGAGGUUAUGAAGGUAUGCCAUUAGAUAUAUGCUCAAAUUUUCAUUCACAAUUUAAUUGUAUUUUUUUAAAUAAAUUUUAUGAUUGAAGUCUGACUGUUGACUGUUUCAAUUAAAAAUGUGCUUAAAUUCAAAAUAAAUGUGCUUGUUUUAAUUGCUGAAACCAUAUUUCUAUGGCUUCAUAUCUAAAAAUAUUGGGGUGGCGUUUAGGGGGGAUGUGCAAGAUGUGAGGUGGAUCCAGCAAGGUUUUUUCCAGGGGGUGCUGGGUCAGGCUUUGAGCAGCCGAGUGUUUCUUUAUAAUUCUUUAGGGGCUUGUGGGAGAGCAUUCAAAUGAAUUGGCCUCUUAACGACUUGAGCGCAGAAGGCACAAGCUCCCUAGAUAAUUUUGAAAAUUUGAACCUUACAAAUGCCAUUUCCUGCGAUAUGGGCAUUCUAUUAUGAGCUUCAGUUUGACUUAAAAAAAGGAAAACCUUGGAAAUUAUGCCAUAUUUCUAAACGUCGCUCGCUAGAAUGCGAAAGUGCGCAAUCCGUAACCUUGAGUAAACAAUAAUUUCAAACAUUGCUACUGAUCACUGAUUGUUGUGUGACAACAAGGAAGACACAUGUCAAAUUUAUAUUACUUAAUCAUUAGCAUUAAUCGAUUGUUAAUAACGAUUAAGAGAUUGUGAAAAUUAACUUAAUGGGAGCUGGUCUACAGUUUUUACGGCCAUAGUUUGAUCUCUUAAUUCGUUUUUUAACAGAUCAUUGUACAAACACUGAGAAAGGCAAAGUGGAAUUUUCAUUUCAACUAACAAAUGAAGAGUUCAAACAAAAGUUAUAUGAAAUUUAUCCCAAGUUAGAAAAUGGGUGUUUUGUGUUCAUGAAAGCUGGUAAACACAAUACAUUGGAGGAACUGGGCGCUGGCAGCUGCUGCUACCGAUGUUACACUCCAGAAAAUGUGUACCACAGUAAUCCAGGACAAGGCCGUCUUUACAUACGAAGAAUUGCUGAGAAUGAGGUAUACCGUUGACUUGAAACUGUUUAUUGCAUGUUAUAUGGAAGCCUAGGCCAAUGCAAACUGACCUGACGCAGGCUGGCGAAUAUAGCGGGAUAGCCUACUAAGUGUGCCCUCGCGAGCUAGUGAGGGGAUGUUCAGGCUAAAAACCGAAAACCCUCUGAAAAAACAACCCGAAAAAAUAACUGAAAAACUAUAUCCCCAGGAUGGAAAGAGCAACCAAUUUUAAGAACUGUCAAGACAAGAAGAUCGGGGUUUGGGCAUUGAAAGAUUCACAAAAUAAACACAGUAAGCAUUGUGUUUCCACAAACCAAAACAUUUUUACUGGCAAUGUUUUUAUAUUCUAGAUAUCGUCGUCGUGCAACCAUGGAAUGUCUCGCUUCAAAAGAUUGUGCGGUAUGGUUGCUGGUAGCCCGCAAUUGUAUAUACCAAUCUUACCAAAACCUGUUCUAGCAGUCCCUCCAAGUAAUAGUGUUGUAGCUGAAAGUGAAAAUGUGGUCACAUCUACUGCCAUGCCAACCAAUUCUCAGUUAUCAGCAUCUGGUAACCUUAGAAUGGAGUUGAGACCAUUGUUGUGCAACACGCCACCACUAGAUUUGUCAUCAUCGUCAAUUGUUGUUGCUCAUACUAAAUCAACACUACCAGUUCAGAAUUCUGGUAAUAUGGUAACACAAAAGCCAUUGCCAUCGUCAACUAGUACUUUUGUAAAUGAAUCAAGGUGCCCAGUUAGCGUUUCAGGGAUUUCAACUACGCAAGGUCCAUCGCCAGAGUUUGCUAUAGAUUCUGGAACUGAAACAAGACCAUCAUUUUACAUUUCUGGUAAUAUGGUAACACAAAAUCAGUUACCAUUAUCAGCUAUUGUUCCUCAGACUGCGUCAACACCAGCGGUUCACAGUUCUGGUACUAUUGUCACACAAAAUCAGUUAUCAUUGUCAACCAUUGUUUCCCAGGCUGCAUCAAGCAAACCAGUUCAAAGUUCUGUUAAUGUGGUACCACAAAGUCAGUUACCAUUGUCAACUAUUGAUCCCCAGACUGCAUCAACACCAGCAGUUCACAGUUCUGGUAAUAUGGUAACACAAAGUUAUUUACCAUUGUCAACUAUUGUUUCCCAGACUGCAUCAGGAACGCCAGUGAAUGGUUUUGCUAGUAUAGUACCACAAAGUCAGUUACCAUUGUCAACUGUUGUUUCCCAGAAUGCAUUAGCACCAUCACUGCAGAGUUCUGUCAGUGCGGUAACACAAAGUCAGCUACCAAUGUUAGAUACUGUUUCUCAGACUGCAUCAAGCCAACCAUUUCACAGUUACGUUAAUAUGGUACCACAAGGACAGGUAGCAAUAUCAACUAUUCUUUCUGAGACUGCACUAAGACCACCAGUUAACAGUUCUGGUAAUACGGCACUACAUAGUCAGCUGCCAUUAACAAUUUAUUCUGUAGAUGAUUGUUGGCUACCAGUUAACAAUUCUGUAAAUGCGGCAACACAAAAUCGGUUACCUAUAGCGACGUCGUCUGUUGCUGGGAAUACAUCAAUGUCGGCAGUAUUACAAAGUUCUGAUAAUAUGGUCGGACAAAGUCAGUUACAAACAUUUGCUUCUGGGACUGCGACACGCCAAGGUCAAUUUUCCAGAUCAGUUGGAGUUUCAGACAGAUAUUUGGAGCAACCUAUGUUCAGCACAUCUUCACAAAUCGCCGCUGUUCAAGUUGAACAAGGUCCUAGAGCAAUUUUGCAAGCUCGUGGAGUACCGCCGAUCACUGAUACCAAUCGAAGUCUUGUUAUUAUUGGGAACACAAACAUGUUGGAAGCAACAGACAUUGGAUCCCAAAUGACAAAUGAGGUCAUGAGUGGCUUUCGUGAUCCCAAUAUGCAGGUAUCCAAUUCAAAUGUGACUCCACCCCUAAACCCUUCCGUUUCAGACAGAUGGGUGCAGUCUCCUGGUUUGGCUACCUUGGCAGAUGUUAUUGAAAUAGUGCAACGUGAACCGCGUGAAGAAGCUAUAACCAGCAUGGCAAACAGUUUGAACGUGCAGGUAUGUUUGUAUAUUUAUUUCUAUUUGCUGUCCUUUAAAGAAAAGUUGGCAUAA